AUGGCUGACAAAGACAAUCAAACUGAGGGUCUCAAAUCUCUUCUAACUUCCCAAGAGAUCGUUGAUCCAUCUUCUCCCGACUAUCAAAGAGCAUCCCGUACUUGGUCGGCACAUGCCAAUCUCAGGCCUGGCCUAGUCAUUCAGCCAAAGGAUGUACCAACCCUGAGCAAGAGCAUUUCCUACCUGGCCAACACCGCCCUUGACUUUCGAGUCCGUUGUACAGGUGUUGGCAAUGCAUCCGCGAAAGACGUCCUAGUCAGCCUAGCUGCGUUCAAAUCGUUCUCAUUCAACCCAGACGACGACACAAUCACAUUCGGUGCAGGGCAUACUUGGGGUGAAAUCGACCAAAAGGUUGAGAAACAUGCACCCGGCUACGCGGCCCUCUCGGCUCGCUGCAGGUUCGUCGGUGUAGGCGGUUCCAUCCUUCAUGGUGGGCAGUCCUGGCUGAGUCACCAGUAUGGGCUCGCAUCCGAUCCACAGAAUCUGCUUGAUGUUCAGGUGAUCAAAAUGGAUGGGACUGUCCUCUGGGCAAGUGAGGAGCCAGAGUUGUUGUGGGCCAUGAGAGGCGGAGGCGGAGGGUUCGCCGUGGCGACAGCUUACAAGAUGAGAGUCUACAAGUAUCCGUCUUCGAUUUUCUGCGGCCAGAUCAUCUAUCCCGCUGAUGCCAUGCCGAUCGUGGCAAGGGAGACAGCCGCAUUUAUUGCAAGAUGUAGUGAUCCCAAGAUUGCACUGCACCUAUACUGCCUGGAUAUGACUCAAGGUUCGAUGACGAGCAAGGAGCCGAAACCGGGAAUAUCAAUCUUCGCAUAUGACGCCAAUGGAGAAGAGCAUGGGAGAAGCGCCGACGGGUUCAAGUGGGCUUUGGAUAUUGAAGGUGCCAUUGACAUGACCCACGCCGUCAAUUUCAGACAAGUCAAUGAGAGCUUUGGUAAGUCUCAGUCUGCAUAUUCUUACGGUGUUUUUGCAGACGCUGAUGCCACGACAGAUGCUCUGGAGGCACAUUUCGGUGUCACCAAUACAUGGCAAGCAGGUGUCACUGUACCUGAGGCGACUGAGCAACUGAUAACAGACGCAUGGAAUUGGUAUCUGGCCUUGAAAGAACAAGAUCCCAUGCUUGUCAAGGGCACCUAUGUCUUGCUGGAGAUGAUGCAAAAGGCUGCGUAUCAAUCACUGGGUUAUCCCAGCACCGCUACCGCUUGGCCGCAUACCAGAAAUCGACAUAAUCUUCAACUCGGUACCGGAAUUGCACCAGGGAAUCCCAAAAGCGAUGCCCUUGCUUACAAAGCCAUGGCGGAGGGCCCCUAUCAGAUCCGACCUGAGCAUACUGGGGGGAACUACUUCCCAAACUUCAUCGAGGAAUAUGUCAAUGCUGAAAAGGUAUAA